UUUUAUAUUUCAAUUUAAUUUUAAUUAUUUUGUUUAGAUCCUUCAACAAAUAGAAAAGAAGAUAAUAUUGUGAGCAUGCACCUGGGCAAGGCAACUGCUUGGAAGCUCACUUCCUUUCAUGUUAUGCGACCACGUAUCUUACAAAAAUUACAAGACAUUCGCAUCUAUAAAUACCUAUCAGCUGGAUCACACUUUCACCAACCAAAUUUGUUUUAUAAUCGUUCUACCAUUGCUUCAAAGUUUUAUUAUUCAGCAAACACGCACACCAAAUUUAACAUUUUUGCUCACAUUUCUCUGCAUGCAUGGGGGAUCCCGCCAAUUCUAGCAAUGCCUAUGGCCCUGCCUCUUCGGUCUACAGAGGCGUGCGCAAGAGAAAAUGGGGCAAAUGGGUGUCGGAAAUCCGCGAGCCUGGAACCAAAACCCGAAUUUGGUUAGGCAGCUUCGAGACUCCAGAGAUGGCGGCCGCAGCGUAUGAUGUGGCCGCGUUGCAUUUCCGGGGUCGCGAUGCGAGGCUCAACUUCCCUGAACUUGCCAAUAACUUGCCUCGCCCUGCCAGUUCCACCUCUGAUGACAUACGCAUGGCAGCACAUGAAGCAGCCUUGAUGCUGAGAGGUAGUAGUGGUGGUGGUGGUGGUGCGGUUGAAGGUCAUGAGGUUGGGGGCUCCAGCUCAAACGUCGGGCAGGUCAGGGUGAGGCUGUCGCCGAGUCAAAUCCAGGCAAUUAACGAGUCUCCCUUGGACUCGCCCAAAAUGUGGAUGCAAAUGGCAGAGCCUACGAUGUUCUCUAAUGACUUUUUUGAGAAUCAGUGGGAGGAUCUGCAGAAUGACUCUCUUUGGGAUCCUUAAUUAGGUAAUUAGCGUUUACGUAAUAGUACAAUGACAAAAUACGAACUAUAUAUACAUUAAUGUCCUAAAAUUAUUAUUUUUAUUAUAAAAUACAUGUGUGCGACGUAGUUAAUUUGACUAAAAUAUAUGAGCUAUAUAUUCAAAUAAGUCUUUCAAACAGAUACAGCUUCAUUAAAAAAAAAAAACAGAGAUGGGGGCAAGUCUACCAAUUAAAAAAGAUUGGUAAACUUUGAGCUUAAUUUGUUUCGAAUUGAUUGACAAAAUCAGCAGAUUAAAUAAUUUAAUUGUGUAUGGAAAGAGACAUUCUUGGUGAUCCAAUAUUUAAAAAUUGGAUUGGAGGGACACUGAUGAUUGAUCAAGCAUUAGUUCUGGUGUGGUAGUAGGUGAGGUGGAAUCGAUUGUGUUGUGUGAAGGACCACAAACUCUUUGGCUACUUUUUAAAUUAGCUUUAGAAGAGUGUACUCGAUCGUGUGAUUUCUUUUUCUUGCUCCCAUUGUCUUUACAUUAUUUGUUGUAAUGGAAAUAAUUUGUCAUUGAGAUUAAUGUACGUAACAGUAGUGUGUGGGCAAUCACUUAUUAAUUCUUA